AUUGCCGAUGAGGUGUGCAUUCGAGACUAACCAACACUGGCCAGCCGAUAAAAUCAACCAAAAAUUUGUAAAACUUAUAAAUUGUGCGUACGUUUGCAUUCCAUUCCAGCUGAUGUGUAACUGAAAUCAGAAAAAAAGAGAACCGAUCGCUUGGACUCUCUGCCGGUGCACGCAAUUCCACGCCCACUCCACACCAGCCGCAUUCGCCAUUCGGAAGCCGAACGAGAAUGUUUGGAGCCAGAAUCGGAAUCGGAAAGCUUGGGCCGUGUGUGGCCCUAGUUGCGAUUCUACAGCUACUCCAGCACACACAGCCGGCAGAUGCCGCCGGAGCCGUGCCCAUGACCAGUGAUAAUAUCGAUAUGACCCUAGCGUCUAAUGAAUUGGUUUUCCUUAAUUUUUAUGCGGAGUGGUGUCGGUUUAGUAAUAUUUUAGCACCUAUAUUCGCGGAAGCUGCAGAUAAGAUUAAGGAGGAGUUUCCAGAGGCUGGAAAGGUGGUGCUAGGCAAGGUCGAUUGCGACAAGGAGACGGCCAUCGCGUCCCGUUUCCACAUAAACAAGUAUCCAACCUUGAAAAUUGUCCGCAAUGGGCAGCUCAGCAAGCGCGAAUACCGAGGACAGCGUUCGGCCGAAGCGUUCCUCGAGUUCGUCAAGAAGCAGCUGGAGGAUCCCAUUCAGGAGUUCAAAUCCCUGAAGGAUCUGGAGAACCUGGACUCGAAGAAGCGCCUCAUUCUGGGCUACUUCGAUCGUAGGGACCAGCCAGAGUACGACAUAUUCCGCAAGGUGGCGACAAAUCUGAAAGAGGACUGCCAGUUCCACGUGGGCUUCGGAGAUGCCGCCCAGGCCAUGCAUCCACCAGGAACACCUAUCAUAGUAUUUAGACCCGAUGUAGCUCUGUCUCAUGAGAACGAUGAGACCUACACUGGCAGCCUACAAAAUUUCGAUGAGCUCAAAAUUUGGGUCCAGGAGAAGUGUGUGCCCCUGGUGCGUGAAAUCACCUUUGAGAAUGCAGAGGAACUUACGGAGGAGGGUCUGCCGUUCCUAAUUCUCUUCCACCAUCCAACUGAUCAUAACUCCAUCAAGGAUUACAAGUCGAUCAUUGAGCGCCAAUUGCUGGAUGAGAAACAGAACGUCAACUUUUUGACCGCCGAUGGCAAGCGAUUCGCGCAUCCUCUGCACCAUCUGGGUAAAUCCGAGGAUGACUUGCCCCUGAUUGCCAUCGACUCGUUCAAGCACAUGUAUCUGUUCCCCCACUUCAGCGACAUGUACUCGCCGGGCAAGCUGAAGCAGUUCCUCCAGGAUCUCUACAGUGGCAAGCUGCACAGGGAAUUUCAUUACGGGCCGGAUCCCUCAAAUGAUAUUGAACCUGAUCCACACACUGGCAAGGGUACAUCGCCGCCAGAGUCCAAAUUCAAGGAACUUGGCCCAUCCAAGCAUCGCUACACCCUGCUAGAAAAAGAUGAACUGUAAUAUAAUAAUAAUAAUGUAUAUUGAAAAUAAAAGAAAAUAAUACAAAAA